CUGUCUCUAUAGUAUAUAAUUAAUUUAUUUCUUUUUUUGGCAACUGUAAUUAUGUUUACGCGUUCUAACGCUCGGUUAUUCAACAUACAUUCGAACCCAUUCUCUUUCUUGCUGAUUCAGUCUUAUUUUUCUCAGUUAUUUUAACUUUUCAUUGUAAUUUAACCAUUGUUUUCUGUUUUUUUUUUGGUAUACGAUUUCUGAAAUUAGAGCAUGGAUUGAAGGGUGAUUUUUUGUUUUUGUAAAGAAGAAAGUGUUGACUGUUUCUGGGUUUAUUACUUAGUUCUUUGUUGGGAGCCAUGGGUUGUUUGUGUUCUAAGCCCAACUCGGUUGAAGACAGCCGUGAGAGUCCAGGGGAGAGGUUUCAUCAAAAAGGGUCAUUGAAUAAGCGUGUGAGUUCAUCCAGAAGGGAGGAGAUUGUUGGAUCAAAAGAUAGACUUGAGAAUAAUGAUGUUAAGGUUAUGUUGAUCGACGAGAAAGUGAAUGGUUCCAAUUGUUAUUAUGAUAAUCAAAGGAUUCACACAGUAGAAAUUGAUGAUCAAAUUGAGAGGAAGAGGAUUGAAAAUUGUCAAGUGACUGUAAUUAAUCCUCCUAGUAUGGGAAGAUUGCCUAAAGCAGCGGAAGCAGAGCUGGUGGCAGCAGGGUGGCCGUCUUGGCUUGCUGCGGCGGCUGGUGAUGCCAUCAAGGGAUGGAUACCGCGACGAGCGAAUACUUUUGAGAAAUUGAAUAAAAUUGGCCAAGGAACAUAUAGUAGUGUUUACGAGGCUCGGGAUGUCAUUCAUGAUAAAAUUGUUGCGUUGAAAAAAGUAAGGUUUGAUAAUAAGGAUCCUGAGAGUGUCAAGUUUAUGGCUAGGGAAAUUGCUAUUCUUCGCAAGCUUGAUCAUCCAAAUAUUAUUAAACUGGAGGGCUUAAUUACAUCCCAGACGGCUUGCAGCUUGUACCUUGUUUUUGAGUAUAUGGAACAUGAUCUUGUGGGACUCACAUCGCUACCUGGCGUAAAGUUCACUGAGCCUCAGAUUAAAUGUUACAUGAAGCAACUGCUAAGUGGACUUGAACAUUGCCAUGGCCAUGGUGUUUUGCAUCGUGACAUAAAGGGUUCAAAUCUUCUUAUUGACAACAAUGGCAUCUUGAAGAUUGCGGAUUUUGGUUUAGCAAGUUUUUUCAAUCCUGAGGAUAGUAGUCCAAUGACCAGCCGUGUGGUGACACUUUGGUAUCGACCACCUGAGCUUUUGCUUGGAGCCUCUCACUAUGGAGUUGCAGUAGACUUAUGGAGUGCUGGUUGCAUUAUGGGGGAAUUGUUCACCGGGAAGCCUAUACUACCUGGGAAAACAGAGGUAGAGCAGUUGCAUAGGAUCUUUAAACUAUGUGGAUCACCAUCAGAGGAUUAUUGGAGACAAUCAAAAUUACCUCAUUCAACAGUGUUCAAGCCUGUACAACCUUACAGAAGGUGUGUUGCAGAAACAUUUAAAGACUUUCCUGCAACUGCUUUGGGGCUUAUGGAGACAUUACUAUCUGUAGAUCCUGCUCUUAGAGGAACUGCUGCUUUUGCUCUUAGCAGUGAGUUCUUUACAACACAACCAUUUGCUUGUGAUCCUUCAAGAUUGCCCAAAUAUCCUCCCAGUAAGGAGAUUGAUGCCAAAUUGAGGGAUGAACUUAGAAGGCAAGUAACCGUGGGAAGCAAGGGCCAUGAGGUUGACCUCGAAAGUAACGGAUCAAAAGAAUCUCGGGCUUCUGCAGCACCUACUUCCAAUGCUGACGUAGCCUCGAUGAUGCAGAGAGGACCUCAUUUCAGUACAAAAGGCAGAAAUGAGAUGUCUAUGUCUCAUAAGGUGGCUGCUUUUGCUGCCGAUAAACAAGCACAAGGUUUGAAAGAUUCGAGUACUGAUUUAUUUGGGCAUCAACGGAAGAAAGUUUCGCAUUCAGGGCCAUUGGUUCAUGGGGCUGUCUGGGAAAAGGUUGGAAAAAGACAUGGUAAUCCUCCAGCAGUUUCAACCAGAUCCAAUUUAUCAACACUAUCUGGUUUUGUGGCAACCAGAACUGGAUUAACUGAAGAUGUCCGAGAAAAAUCUAGUCCUUCACAGAAAGGCACAGAAAGAUCAGUCGGCAAGUCUGAAGGAUCAUUUAGGGAGUUGUCUACAGAAAAUCAGGACUGUAGGCAGAGCAUUCAUAAUGUUAGUCGAUCUCCUCAGCGCGGGGCUGGGAAUGGCAUUGUUAAGGAAGCAAGCCUGCAUGUUCGAGGAUCCAGGGGAAAAAACAUUUAUGUUUCUGGACCAUUACUUCCAUCACACAAUGUUGAUCAAUUGCUUAAAGAGCAUGAUCAAAAGAUCCAAGAAUUUACUCGACGGGCACGACUUGAGAAGACAAAACCUCCAAGAGCACAUGCACAGGGAAUUAAACCUCCAGACAACUCAAUGGCCAGGACUUGAUAGAUGUGUAUCUGCAAUCCUCUCUAGUGGCAGAGUAUGAUAAAGCAGAACAAUAAAACUAUAUGUAUAUGCUUUAAAUAAAUAGAAUAGGUACACAAAUGAUAUGUCUUCAUAUGAUGAGUAAUUUUGAAUUAAAGAUAUAAUAAUAUCCAAUUACCUGAUGACAUAUCAUCUGUGUACUUAUAUUGUAUAUUAAAGUGUAUACAUAUAACAUUGCUUAGUCAGAUACCCCCAGAGAGCUAAUUAACUUGUAAUGCUAUCUGUGCAGUACCUUUACCCGGGCCACCAUUUAUCCCCCUGUUUUCUGUAUCUGGAGAGGUACCAGUGCUUUGCAGGAGAAAGUUUCUGCAAUUCAAAUUUUCACUUUAUAGUACCGAAAGUAAAAGGAAGAUAUACCCAAAACUUUUUUCAAUAUAUAAUAAAAGCCCUAGUUUACAAAGUUUUUAUGCAAAA